CACGCCAACCUACCUCUGCUGCACCCUGUACCACGGCCCAUUGGUCACAGAGCACACAGCAAUGCUCAACGCGACCUACUCCGCCAUCCUCGCAUCCACCCAGGCCACCCAGCCGCAACUCAACUUCCUCGAGGCGCUCUGGUCAGCCUACUACACAUGGGUCAAUAAUGAUGUGAUUGCAACAGGCAUCAUGUCCUUUGUCAUCCACGAAGUUGUCUACUUUGGCCGGUGCAUCCCCUGGAUCAUCAUUGAUAACCUCAACCUCUUGCAAAAAUACAAGCUACAGCCCGGUAAACGGCCGACUUUGCAAGAGCAAUGGAACUGUACAAAGCUCGUCUUGCUCUCUCACUUCACCAUUGAGCUGCCACAAAUCUGGCUAUUCCACCCAAUGUGUGUAUACUGGGGCAUGAAAACCAACACGCCCUUUCCAUCACUCCUGCAAAUGGCGGGACAGAUUGCACUGUUCUUUGUGAUGGAGGAUACCUUCCACUACUUUGCGCACCGUGGUCUGCACUACGGCCCUUUUUACAAGCACAUCCACAAGCUCCACCACAAGUUCUCUGCGCCCUUCGGACUUGCGGCAGAGUAUGCGCAUCCCUUGGAAGUCAUGAUUCUCGGAACAGGAACAGUCGGCUCGCCCAUCCUGUACUGCGCAUUGACCAAGAACCUGCACCUCAUCACAGUGUAUGUUUGGAUUGUACUACGGCUAUUCCAAGCAAUUGACGCACAUUCUGGUUAUGACUUUCCCUGGUCACUCAAUAAGUUUAUCCCUUUUUGGUCAGGCGCAGACCAUCAUGAUUUCCAUCAUGAAAAGUUCAUUGGUUGCUACUCGACAUCGUUCCGUUGGUGGGACCACCUUCUUGGUACAGACAAGUUGUACAAGACGUAUCGCAAUACUCAAGCGGCGCGUAAAGUUGGCAUUCAGGAGCAGACCGAGGCAGCCAAGGUGAAGGCCCUCUAG